AAGGUAAACACUCAUUAUGAGUCCAUACCUGAGGCGCUGACUGUGUGGUGGGUGAAACAUUCAGAGAAGAGGAAACUUCAGCGCUCAUUAACCACAGAUUGAAACAGUCACAGACUCACUCUUAUAACUUACCAAUGUGGGUGUUUAGGGUAGAGGAACACACACCCGCUGGCACGUAGACGGUCGAGUUCCUGUUCACUUCUAAGAGAAACUGUGCUCACUUUGUGACAGAAGUCAGUGCGAAGAUGAAGGUGAUCAUCAGCUGCUGCCUGUUUGCCUUCCUCCUGAGCUGUAACCUCACUGCAGCAAUCAUCCAUAAAAUAGUCGAGCAGAAGGAAUCAAUCGCUUUACCCUGUCCUCACCCUGUGGAUAAAGUGAAGUGGAGCAGAGAGAAGAAUGGAAAAAAAACUGACUUAAUGACUGUUGAGGGUGAAAAGGAGACAAAACACAUUUCAGACCCAUAUAAAUAUUUUACUGCAUUAGCAGAUAAAUCUCUAAUGAUACGAAGAGUAAUGUUCUCAGACGAUGGAAGAUAUUUGUAUAACGAUGAAGCAGCUGUGGAUCUGACGGUGAUCCCACCAGGAACAGUCGUUCUCGAGGCGACAGAGAGGACCAGCGUCACUCUGAAAUGUCCUGAUGUUUCAGACGAUCACGGAUGGUGGACAGACGUUGUAGACAUACAACAACAAAGACGGUUUGUUGUUUCAAAAGCUAAAAAGACGUUAACAAUAAAAAGAGUGAAUGCUGCUGACUCUGGACUUUACUACUGCGGUGAAAAACCUGCUGCGUACCUGAACGUGAUCAGAGAUGAUGCGUCUGACAGAGGGAACGAGGCUGAACCCACAAAACCACCUACAAGACAAACAGUAGCAACGACAACUGUUCCAUUAACAACACGGGCAAACAGUAACAUGGCAACGACAAAGAAAGAAAAGUCCAACAACGAAUCCACAGAAGACGAGGAUAAUAAAGGGAAGACUACACCAGUUACAUUCUUGGCCACAACAACAUCCACCGAUGAAGCCUCAGCUUCUUCUCCUGCAGCCUCAGAUGUUUUUGGUCUUCCAACUGCUCAUUCUCCAUGGGUUCGGCUGGGGAUCGUUAUCCUCUAUUUAGUCGUCAUGAUCAGCAUCACUGUGACAACCUGGAGAAAAGAAGUCAGUGCGAAGAUGAAGGUGAUCAUCAGCUGCUGCCUGUUUGCCUUCCUCCUGAGCUGUAACCUCACUGCAGCAAUCACCCAUAAAAUAGUCGAGCAGAAGAAUCCAAUCGCUUUACCCUGUCCUCACCCUGUGGAUAAAGUGAAGUGGAGCAGAGAGAAGAAUGGAAACAAAACUGACUUAAUGACUGUUGAGGAUGAUAAGGAGACAAAACACAUUUCAGACCCAUAUAAACAUUACAGUUCAUUAGCAGAUAAAUCUCUACAGAUACGAAGAGUAAACUUCUCAGACGAUGGAAGAUAUUUGUGUAACGAUGAAGCAGCUGUGGAUCUGACGGUGAUCCCAACAGGAACAGUCGUUCACGAGGCGACAGAGAGGACCAGGGUCACUCUGAAAUGUCCUGAUGUUUCAGACGAUCAUGGAUGGUGGACAGACGUGGUAGACAUACAACAACAAAGACGAUUUGUUGUUUCAAAAGCUAAAAAGACGUUGACAAUAAAAAAAGUGAAUGCUGCUGACUCUGGACUUUACUACUGCGGUGAAAAACCUGCUGCGUACCUGAACGUGAUCAGAGAUGAUGUGUCUGACAGAGGUCACAAGGCUAAAACCACUAAACCACCUACAAGACAAACAGCAGCAGCAACUGUUCCAUUAACAACACGGGCAAACAGUAACAUGGCAACGACAAAGAAAGAAAAGUCCAACAACAAAUCCACAGAAGACGAGGAUAAUAGUCACAAGGCUAAAAUCACUAAACCACCUACAAGACAAACAGCAGCAGCAACAACUGUUCCAUUAACAACAACGGCAAACAGUAACAUGGCAACGACAAAGCAACAAAAGUCCAAGAACAAAUCCACAGAUGAGGACAAUAAGAGAUGGAAGACACAAGAAACAACUUUAACGACAACUUUAAACUCAACACAAUCGACAGACUCAGACUUCAAAGACACUCCAGGUUUGGUGUCAAGGAUGUAUAUCUUCAUCAUCAUCCUCAUCAUCAUCCUCAUCAUUAUCCUCAUCAUUAUAGUCACUGUCUAUUGUAAAAAAAGAAGAUUUAAAAAAGGAGGUAAAAAAGAAGAAGCUCUUUAUGAAGAAAUACCGGAUGUAUUGUUUCAGCCAAAAAAUGGUCACAAGGCUAAAACCACUAAACCACCUACAAGGCAAACAGCAGCAGCAACAACUGUUUCAUUAACAACAACGGCAAACAGUAACAUGGCAACAACAAAGCAACAAAAGUCCAAGAACAAAUCCACAGAAGAUGAGGACAAUAAGAGUAAAAAAGAAGAAGCUCUUUAUGAAGAAAUACCGGAUGUAUUGUUUCAGCCAAAAAAUGAAGUCAGUGCCAAGAUGAAGGUGAUCAUCAGCUGCUGCCUGUUUGCCUUCCUCCUGAGCUGUAACCUCACUGCAGCAAUCAUCCAUAAAAUAGUCGAGCAGAAGGAAUUAAUCGCUUUACCCUGUCCUCACCCUGUGGAUAAAGUGAAGUGGAGCAGAGAGAAGAAUGGAAACAAAACUGACUUAAUGACUGUUGAGGGUGAAAAGGAUACAAAACACAUUUCAGACCCAUAUAAACAUUACAGUUCAUUAGCAGAUAAAUCUCUACAGAUACAAAAAGUAACAUUCUCAGAUGAUGGAAGAUAUUUGUGUAACGAUGAAGCAGCUGUGGAUCUGACGGUGAUCCCACCAGGAACAGUCGUUCUCAAGGCGAUAGAGAGGACCAGGGUCACUCUGAAAUGUCCUGAUGUUUCAGACGAUCACGGAUGGUGGACAGAUGUUGUAGACAUACAACAACAAAGACGGUUUAAUGUUUCAAAAGCUAAAAAGACGUUGACAAUAAAAAAAGUGAAUGCUGCUGACUCUGGACUUUACUACUGCGGUGGAAAACCUGCUGCGUACCUGAACGUGAUCAGAGAUGAUGCGUCUGACAGAGGUCACAAGGCCAAAACCACUAAACCACCUACAAGACAGACAGCAGCAGCAACAACUGUUCCAUUAACAACGGCGAACAGUAACAUGGCAACGACAAAGAAAGAAAAGUCCAAGAACAAAUCCACAGAAGACGAGGAUAAUAGUCACAAGGCUAAAAUCACUAAACCACCUACAAGACAGACAGCAGCAGCAACAACUGUUCCAUUAACAACAACGGCAAACAGUAACAUGGCAACGACAAAGAAAGAAAAGUCCAACAACAAAUCCACAGAUGAGGACAAUAAGAGAUGGAAGCCACAAGAAACAACUUUAACGACAACUUUAAACUCAACACAAUCGACAGACUCAGACUCCAAAGACACUUUGGAGUUAUGGAUGUAUAUCUUCAUCACCGUCCUCAUCAUCAUCCUCAUCAUUAUCCUCAUCAUUAUAGUCACUGUCUAUUGUAAAAAAAGAAGAUUUAAAAAAGGAGGUAAAAAAGAAGAAGCUAUUUAUGAAGAAAUACCGGAUGUAUUGUUUCAGCCAAAAAAUGACAGAUUAAACCAAAAUGAUCCCACGUAUUCCACCAUCUCUGAGCUUCCUCUGAUGGAGAAGCCAACUGACACAAUUCUACCUAAUGAGUCCCCUUACUCCUGCAUCGGAGACACGUUAGGUAGAGAUUACACAGAUUUGAUGCAGUCGAAUGAAAGCCCAUAUUUUUUACUGAAGAAACCUGAAACACCCGAGAACAACAACGACGUGACGUCUGCAGUUUGAGCGGAAAAUUCUUCAGUUGUCGAUAAAACCUGCUUCUUCAAGAGUUGGUGCCUUGUUUCCACUAGAGACUGUAAAUAAUAAAGUUUGAAGCCUGA